AAACCAUUUAAAAUAGAUUCUAAUUUUAAUUUUUCAGUGCGGUAUAAUUUGGAACAGUAUUUAGUUGUUGAUAUAAAUAAAUAAUUAUGAGAAAGUUAUUAAAAGAAAUAUUUUAUAAAUGAAGCAAUUUGCAUUUUUGUAAAUAAAAAAAGAAAAGACUCAGAAACUAUGAAGGCACAAACGUCCACCGAAGGAAGCUAAAAUCCCCAAAUUGAGCCAUAAAUCCCUAGCAGAACAAAAUAGUACAAAAAAAAAAACGCAGAAAAGAAGAGAAGAGAGGAAGGGAGAAAUGAUGUCUCUUGUAGACUACGCUUCUUCAUCAGACGACGAGGUAUCAGAAGAUAAACAAGUAAAACUCCAAAACAAGCCACAAAUCCCAAAGCAAGAACCUUUACCUUCAACGAACCCUAAAAAUACGAACCCUUCAAGUUCAAUUAAUAAUAAUAAUGACAGUAAGCUUCCAGAUGCUUCAGUUCUCCUGAAUUCGCCAUCAAUCUCAUCAUCAUCAAUUAGUACUGCAUCGCGCAAAAGAGAGUCCAGUCAAAUGGCUUGUUCAAGGAGUAAAUUGCAAAAGGGGAGAUUCUCACAUUCAAAAAGUAUUCCAGAUACUGAUGGUGGUUUGUUAAUUCCACCUCAAUUAAGUGGAAAGAGUAAUAUUGUUACUGAAGAUAUAUCCAAGCUUUUUGUUAAGAGAAAAAAUGUUAAUGCUGAACCUUAAUUUUUUCAGUUCUUUUUUUCUUUUUCCUUCUAGAUUAGCUACUUUUUCUCUGUUAUUAAACCCUAAUUGUUGUAUUAUUUUACUUUUGCUUUUUUUAGACGGUUUGGUUGUAGUGAAAUUGUUUUAUAUGGGAAUUUCUCGUAUUAUCUGGCAA